AUGCACACCUUCGCACUACAGGACAUCGGGCAGGUUCGCUGGUCGCACGACGCCGUCUACGACCAUUUCAAGGAUGGCACGAGCGUCUUUGAGACCGUCGUGGAGCUGCUGAGUGGGAAGCUGAAGCUUCUGGACCUGCCGCCUCUGCAGUUGGUGAAGAAAGGCGGGCAGUAUUACUCUCUGUCGAAUCGCCGUCUCUACGCCAUCAGGCAGUAUGCGCAGAUCUUGAAGCAGUUUGGGCGUCUGCACGAGAAGACAUCGCUGUCGGUGCCCGUGAGCUUCGCGGAGAGCUACUCGGGGGAGGCCUUCACGAGCGUCACGGGGGGCUUGAGGGUGGAGCUUAUCCGGCCGCUGCAGGGGCCCAGUUUCCCCCUGCGCAACGUGGGCCCCCGUAGGCCACCCAGUGCUCGAAGCUUGUCCCGGGACGCCCUGAGCCACUCCAAAGAGAGAAACCGAUCGUUGUCGCGGGGAAGAUGGGUGGAGCCGGAUCCGCAGGGGCGCCGGAGGAUAUCGUUUGGCCAGACGGACUGGCGCUUCAUUUUAACCGAGUGCGACGAGCCCAGUGGGGUCCGAGAGCGGAGGCCAAGUCCAGCUCCCAGGACUCGCAUGGGGCACCCGGAGCAGCCGAAGGAGUCACCGGCACAGCCAACCGUCAAGGAGACACCGGCACAGCCAAAAGCGACGCCAAAAGCAAAGGAGACACCCAUACAGACGAACGCGAAGGAGACACCGGCACAGCAGCCAAAAGUGAAGGAGACACCGGCAGAACCCAAGGCCCUGCCCGAGGAAGAGUCCCAGAGCAAGGCGAAGAAGGCGAAGAAGAACAAAUCCAAGGAUCCGUCCCUGCCAACCUCCACCGAAGAAGUGCUUUCGGCUGCACGGCAGACGAAGAUGGACGCAGCCUCAGAGAAGGGCAAAGAAGCCACUCCCUUGACCUCGGAAGGUUACCCGACGCUCCCAAGCUGCAAGAGGACGAAGACAGAGACGGAGGUCGGAGAGCUCGUGCUGCUGUGCUUGGGCUUACAGAGGGCCGUGCCGAAACCACGGCAAGCAGUUCCACGACCGGAGAUUCGCGACUUACUGGCGAAGCUGGCGCCCGGCGGGGAGGACUCGAAAGUGCAGUCCUGGUUAGGGGGAAGCGGGUACUCCUUGGGCCACCAGAGCUACUACGAGAAGCUCUUGCCCUCCUUGCGACAGCUGGUGGAGCGACUCACCACGCAGCUUGCGGAUACCCAGCGGGUGGGGUGUCAGCAGUGGGAGGAUUCAGCUGAUGCACCG